AUGCUAGAGGAACCAUAUACAGUUGAAUAUAUUUUAGAGGCCAUAAAAGGGUGCGACAAUAAUAAAUGUCCUAGACCUGACGAGUUCAAUUUUGAGUUCAUUAAGCACUGUUGGGAUUUUAUAGGUCCUGAUAUCAUUUCUUGCAUUCAAGUCUUCCAUAACAAUCCCUUUCUUCCCAAGGCAUUGAAUUCUGCAUUUAUCACGUUUGUGCCAAAGAUUUUGGCAACUAGGUUGGGUAAGGUCAUUGGUGGUUUGGUCUCUCCAUCUCAGACUGCAUCCAUUCCUGGAAGACAACUCCUUGAUGGUGUUCUUGUGGUGAACGAACUUAUUGAUUUGGCGAUUAGAAGAAAGAGAAGGUGCCUUCUAUUCAAAGUAGAUUUUAUUCAAGCAAAAGAAUGCAUUGAUUGGGAUUUCUGUGUUAACUAA